AAAAAUUAUACAUAACGUCAGUUGUCACAUGAACUCCAUCAGCGGUCGAUCGGCAGCCCUAAUUUAACAAUUUUAUAAAUUUAUAUAAUUUUUUUAUAAAUUUUUGGUAAAUUAAAAUGUAUACUGUAUCCAAGGGACCUAGCAAGAUUGUUGCCAAAACAAGAAGAGGUCUUUCACAGAAUUUGGAACGUUUGGAUAGCCGAAAGGAUUAUAAUAGGAAGUCUUCUGAUUCUGAUAAUGAUGAAAUUAUUAGUAUGCCUAAGCCAAUUUUUCAUUCCAAUGGAAAGAAAACAGUACAUCAAAGAAUACAACACAGUGUUUUGACUCCUCAACAUGAAGAAAUGAUAAGAUACAUAAAUGAAACUUGGACUCAAACAGCAAACUUUGAUAGUGAACCAACAACCCCUACAAGUACAAUAGGUUCAGGCAGUUCAUCACCUGCCCCAUCUACAAGCCUAUAUUAUCAAGACGAUGAACCACGCCCAGUUCUUCAAGAUUUCAAGCCUUUCGACCUUGAGGCAUGGUGGGGCAAGAGACUAUUCCAAAACAUCACAAACUCCCUAUGAAACAAGACCUGAUUUAAAUAAAAAUCUUCGGUAGCGUAAGUCACAGUCAAGUGUAGUUUACUGAAUUAUUUAUAUAUUUUUACAUUUCUUGUAUUAAGCAAACUGUACUGUGAGAAAUGUAAUUAUUCGGGAUCUUAUAGGGCUAUAUAUUUACAUUUUAAAUCUAUCUAAAAUGCUGUUUUAAUCAAAUUUUAUAUUUAAACAAAUCACAUCAGACAAACCAAAGAAUGCCAUAUAUUUUUGUAUCAAUGUUGGUUGAGAAUUUAUCUCAAAGAUUGAUAUCACAUUGCAGGAUCUAAAAAUUUGCAGAUAUAUUUUAAAUAUGUGCAUUUGUAAAUUUAGUAAUCUACAUUUGAUUGUGGAUCUCAGUAGGUAACACUAUCUUAAGAUGAAAAUUUUCCAAAGCUCAACAUUUUUUUUCCAUUUUUGAUCCAAUAUUCUAUAAGAUUGCAUUAUCGUGAUCAGUUCCUGUACAGAUUUUAUCUUUUAAACUUUUUUAUCUGUAAUAUAUUGUUUAUUGUUACAUGUUUUUGUACCUGCCGAAGCUGGCUUGAUGAAUUAAUUUACAAAAGAACAUACAUUAGUUUGCACAACAUAUCUAAAGCUUUCCAAAGAAGUGCCUCGCUACUGUUAAAUAGAGUUUAAUAUAACCAGUUACUAGUUGCAUAAGAAAUUAGUUUAACUAGAUUAACAGAGACUGUAUCCUCACAAUAAAAUAUGUAUCUUAUUCAAGACAAACUUAAUGAAUUAUCAUUAAGUUUGUUAACUUAAUUGGUAGAAAUCUCUUUGUAUAAUCUUGGUAAAUUUUCCAACCUAUCAUUUGGCAAAGCUUUGGUAAAAAACAUUCUUGAAUAAAUCGUUAUCACAUCUUAAAAUAUGUUUAAGUAAAUUUUAAAUGUUAGUUGAAAUAAAAUUGUUAAAUCAAACCCAAGUUUUUAUCUCCAGAAACCAUACUGUUGUCUCUUUAGAAAUCAGAGGUUUAUAAAAACAGGUUCCAAUUAUUUUAUCAUUCUACUUUCAUUAAAAAAAUGUAUUAUUUGGUUGCCUCGCAGGACAGGUUAUAAAUUUAUGUUUUCACCGUUAGCUUUAGAAAGAAUUAAUUUUUGUAAUAUACGCAACAUCACAUUUAGAAUCUAAUUACUAUUAUUAGUAUAUUAUACAAUUUUUUUUUACAAAAGGUGCCUAUUUAAGGUUCGUUAUUACUUGUGUUCUAUACUGUAAACACUGAUUAGUGACUUAAGUUUUCUUUUUUAUUUCUAUAUAUAGUUACAUAGUUUAUGUAGUAUUUGUUGAUCAAAAUUAACCAAAUCCCUUACUGCUGGUAAGUGUUUAACAAUUAUACAAAAAAAAGUUAAAGCGAUCAAUGUCUUCCAUAUUUUUUUGGUUUAAUCAAGACAAAUCUUAGGAGUAUUGGUCUAUAGGUUGCGGUUAUUUAGUAUAUUGUAACAAUAUAUUGUUUCAUUUGCAAUUAUGCUAUAUAUGUUUAAUUUUAUGCAUAUUUUAAAAUGCCUGUGAAUCAUGUACCAAAAAUAGGAAAAUUUGCUUUUUGAUGAUGUUUUAAUUAAGUUUCAUUUUGUGCAAUUACACCAUAUGUAGAGUUGUCCUUUUUAGAUGAUUUAUAUGAAAUGUAGUGAGAUGUAGAAUAUUUUUAGACUGAUUUAGUUAUAAUUGUUAUGCCUUUUGUUGUAGUUGAAUAAACUUUUAUUGACAACUUU